UGGUCUUCCGGAAGCAUUCUGAACAUUACAGAAAAUAGCUGCAAAGUUCGCGAAGUUCAGAGAGAACACAAUGGCGACGGCGGCGGCGACGGCGACGGCGACCGACCCCUUUUCUUCUUCCUCCAUCUUCAAUCAGAGCAGCUCCAGACUCCCUGACGAUACCGUCUUCUACGCCAUAUUUCCCGACGCAUCUCUGAGCUCCGGCAACACCGCCGACGUAUUAUCCUACCUCCAAUCCCUUCACCUCCAAAUCAUCACCACUAUCUCUGCAUUCACCUCCGACUAUAUAUGGCAGCACCAACCCUUCACUCUCUCGCUUUCUUCUCUCCACAAAUCCUCCUGCUUCUGUUCCUCCCACCUCCCACACCUUCACGGGAAGCUUCGCUUCGGUGACAACCUUGAAGACGAAUGGUUCACUGUGUUUCUUCUUUUCCACAUUUCGAAGAGUUUUCCUUCGCUUUCAAUCCGAGUGUGGGACACGGACGGUGAAUUCUUGCUUAUUGAGGCUGCUUUCCACAUCCCUCGAUGGAUUAACCCUGAGAACAGUCUUAAUCGUGUCUUCAUUCGCAACGGUAGCCUCCAUAUUGUACCGAAAAUCCGAUUACGGGAUCCCAAUUUGAUUGAUUCGCUGAAGUUCUUGGUGGAUUUUGAUCAGGAAUCCAGGGCGUCUGAGUCUGUUCAGCUGGCAGUGAAGAAAAAGAUAUCGGAUUAUCCCGGGAGAGCGGAGAGAAAUAUGCAUAGAGUUAGGGUUAGGGUUCCUCUAUCAGUUGCACAGGUGUUGAAGCAUGAGCCCUGCUUGAUUUCGCUGGCGGUUGAGGGGUUUUAUGAUCGUGACAUAGACACAAUGAAGUUCGCCGCCAAAAUGGAGAAGUUUUUUAGGAGAGGGAGAGAAGAAGAAUUGGUUUAUGUGUCGGUUAAGAUGUCGAAGGCGAUGUUUGCACAAUUGAUGCAGCAGAGUUUUCAGGCGCCCAAAUGCUAUCCGAUGCCCAGUAGGACCAAUGCUUCACUGUACACUGAGGCUGAAUUGGGAAUGAAGAUAGCAUGCGGAUUUGAGAUGAUUUAUCAACUAAGAAGACAAGAGGGGUCUGAAGGGAAAGGUAGGACAUGGGAGGCGUUUAGAGAGAGUUUAGAAAAUAGCGGAUACUUCAAAGGUUUACUUCCGGGUUCGAAAGAGUAUGGGAGAUUGAUGCAGAAUGCGGAGGAAUAUUACAGGAAUAGUCAACUCUCAUCAAGAGCCAGCGAAAUGAUGAGUGCUCCUGUGAGGCGCAUAGAUGAGAUUCUUGCUUCUCCCUGUUCGGCGGAAGAUUUCAGGGAUCAGGAGGUUCCUCCUUCUGACAACGAUUCUUGGCUUUACAAUGGUGAUGAUGAAUUGAAUGCUGCUCUCUUAGAGCGACAAAAGGAGAUGGAAAUUUGUAAUUCUAAAUUUAAAAAGAAGCAGAAUUCAAAAGAGGAUCAAGUUGGUCCAUCUUCCAGCUGUAGCAUGGAUGAAUCUGAUCUAGGUGAUAUAUCUAAAUCCAUGCAGGAAUUUGUCAAAAAUGUAUCAAGCUAUCAAGGAGUAGAGGUGCCCGAUAACAGGGAGCCAGAAGAUGUGAAUAUUGAUGUAGACCGCUUCAUUAAAGAGAUGGAAUCAGUCAUGAACUACCAUGCAUCCAUCGAGACUUCUAGUGAUGCUGACAAUGAAGAUGAAGCCUCUUCUGAUUUGGAUUUUGAUGAAUCUGAAGAUGAUGAGAGUGAUGGAGCCACCGUUGCGAAUAAUGUCGAUGGAGAGAAUACGUUCAUGGAAUCCUAUUCAGAUGCUUUGAAUGAAGAAUUGAAGAGUAGCACCCUCAAGAAAAGCUUUUAUCGUGCUACUGGAGAAGCUUCCCAGAAAGAUGAGGGAACAUCAAAAGCUGCUGAUCAUAUGGAGGAGGAUUUCACUCCUGUUGAUGUGGACGUGAACCUUGUAAAGAGCCUUCUCGAUUCCUUUUCAUCACAAGAAGGCCUACCUGGUCCUGCUUCUAAUCUUCUUGGACUCAUGGGUCUAAAGCUUCCGAGAGACGCUGACAAAGGCAAAUGAAACGAGCUAACUUCAUCGUUGUAUAAACGAGUGUUCAGAAGCAAGGUUGAUGAUUUUUCGUGUAAACUCUACAAAUUUACGACUGAACUUUCCUUUCCAUUGCAACAAAUCAUGUUUAGAGCUUUUAGAUUAUUGUUUCAAUCAUAGAUAAAGAAAGAUAUGGAUCACAUGGCGAUGAGAUGGGAAAUGGUGUUUGUAUGUAUUAUCCUCUCUUCUCUUUUACACGAUCAAUGGAAAAUAGCAUUGCAAAGGUAUCAAAGUUGGAACCUUUGCCUUUUGAAA